AUGCCCAAAGCCACAACACCUACGGCUUCGCGCCAGGGACGUCGUCAUAACCCCCUCGAAGACGACGUCGUCUCCACAGGAAUCCUGCGCAAUAACAAGCCCGGCAAGCGCAGGUCGAAGCAUUCGGGCGACAACGAGAAUGGCGGCAACGACGGUGACCACUUUGUCGACUCCAAGGCCUCCAGGAAUAUUCUCCGUAUAGGACGCGAGCUCGCCGCCGAGGAUGACGCCCAGAUCGCCGAGCAGAGGCAGCAGGGCGUCAGCAAGCCCUCGACCGACAGUUUCGGUUACGACAGCCGCUUCGACGACGACGACGACGACGACGACGAGCAGGACAAGGUCUACGGCGACGGCGACGACGAGGCUUGGGGCGGCGACGACGACGAAGUCGUUGAAGAGAUCGAGGUCGAACCCGAGGAUCUCGAGACGUACAGGCGCUUCAUGCCCGACGACGAGGACGAGCUGCUCAAGCACGGUUGGGACCGCAGGCCCGCCGAGGGAGAGGAGGUCAACGACGACGAAGAGCCCGUUAACCUGGCCGACCUCAUCUUGGAGAAGAUCGCUGUCCACGAAGCUACCGCGGCGAGGCGUGCUGCUGGCGUGCCCGAGCCUGUCGAGGACGACUACGAGCUUCCUCCCAAGGUUGUCGAGGCCUACACCAAAAUCGGCCAAAUCCUCUCCCGAUACAAGUCGGGCCCCCUGCCCAAGCCCUUCAAGAUCCUCCCAACGAUCCCCCACUGGGAGGAGAUCAUCGAGGUGACGCAGCCCGACAGCUGGACGCCCAACGCCGUCUACCAGGCAACGCGCAUAUUCGUGUCGAGCAAGCCGCACGUGGUGCAGCGCUUCCUAGAGAUGGUUGUGCUGGAAAAGGUGCGCGAGGAUAUCCACGAGAACAAGAAGCUCAACGUGCACCUGUUCAACAGCCUGAAGAAGGCUCUGUACAAGCCGGCCGCCUUCUUCAAGGGCUUCCUGUUCCCCCUCGUCGGUAGCGGCUCGUGCACGCUGCGUGAGGCACACAUCAUCUCGGCCGUCCUGUCGCGCGUCUCCGUCCCGGUCCUGCACUCGGCCGCCGCCCUCAAGGGCCUGUGCGACAUCGCCGCCCAGGAGGCCUCGCAGGGAACCGAGGGUGGCGGCGCCACCAACAUCUUCAUCCGAACCCUGCUCGAGAAGAAGUACGCCCUGCCCUACCAGGUCAUCGACGCCCUCGUCUUCCACUUCCUCCGCUUCCGCAGCGUCGACCCGGCCUCGGUCAAGCACGCCGACGCCAUGUCUGGCGCCCUCGCUAACCCCGGCGACGCCAGGGCUAAGCUCCCCGUCAUCUGGCACCAGAGCCUCCUCGCCUUCGCCCAGCGCUACAAGGGCGACAUCACGGAGGAUCAGCGCGAGGCCCUGCUCGACCUGCUCCUAACCCACGGUCACCUGUCCAUCGGCCCCGAAGUCCGCAGGGAGCUGAUCGAGGGUAGAGGUCGCGGCAUCCCCAUGGAGACCGAGGGCGUCGCAUUGGAUGGCGAUGACACCAUUUCCUUCGGCUUCGGCCUCAGCACUCUCACGUUCCCCCCCUACCCCGUCGCGUACUACAACGCUCCCGCCGUCCAACACGACGACUUGAUUCAGCACCAGAUGUGGAAUGAGCUCUCCUGGGGGAAGGCCUCGGAUGAUGGCGAUGAGGACAGACGCCGAUCAGGCUUUUUCGACGGAGCCAUCAGCUUCCCUCCUCCCUCGUCAAGCGUCGAUCCGCCUCGUCCUGCACGAGUUGGUUUCGAAUGGGUCUGGUUUCCAGAGGGAUACUGGGCCGAGCGGCAGACGCCUGCUGUGCGACCACGGCGGCGGCAUGCCUCCUCCAUCUCAUCGAGGCUGUCUGGACGACGAAAGGCUACGGUGCAGAGCGCGGAUAACGACGCCCCCAAGCCAGAGUCACCCAAAACUCCCUACCUGUCCGAAACGGAUCUCGUCGUCUCGCUUCAGAAUCCGAGCCCUGAGAACCCGGGGAGAAGCUGGCGCCGUGGUUCAGGAUUCCGCAUGUCUGAGCCGGAAGCUACUGUACAUUCAACACCUUCGGAUCAAGAGAGCGAGGGGAGUCCUGGGAAGCACAGAUCAAGAUCCAAGAAAGCAGCCAAGUUUAUGCGCGAUGUCCUUACCAUACCUAUAAGCUCAAGACGUAACUCCAAGCUUUCAUACAAGCAACGAUCGAGGGCGCUACGAAGAUUCUUGAAGCUCAACGUCACACAAAGCUCCGGAACUCUGCAAGAGAUGCAGCAGAGAAGCUACGUAUUCCCCGAAAGGCUUUCGGAGUCGCCCCGUGGCACCGAAAAGGGUCACCUGGUUCGGUGA